UAACUUCUUUAGUGCUGGAAAACCCUGCAUGAGCAGUAAGCUGUGAGGAAAAAGAACGUGCCCCUUGCUUAGUAACACAGAAUAAGCAGUUAAAAGUUCACACACAGAAGGUCUUGCAAGCUGACAAGUAGGAAGUAUCAUUGCUGUACUAUUCCAGAAGUGCCUGAGCAAGGGGACAAUGGCCAAAAAGGUUGCUGUGAUAGGAGCAGGAACAAGUGGUUUGGUUGCGAUUAAAACUUGCCUGGAUGAGGGUUUGGAGCCCACUUGCUUCGAAAGAACCAAUGACAUUGGUGGACUUUGGAGAUUCAACGGUGACCCAGAGGAUGGCAGAGCCAGUAUCUACAAAUCUGUUAUUAUUAACACCUCCAAGGAAAUGAUGUGCUACAGUGACUUUCCCAUUCCAGAAGAUUACCCCAACUUCAUGCACAAUUCCAAAAUUUUCAGCUAUUUCAGAAUGUAUGCUGAGCAUUUCCAGCUGUUAAAGUACAUCCACUUCAAGACCUCAGUUCAUAGUAUUAAAAAAUGUCCAGAUUUUGCAACGACUGGACAAUGGGAAGUUGUCACUGAAAAAGAAGGAAACCAGGAGGCUGCUAUUUAUGAUGCUGUGCUUGUUUGCACUGGACACCAUACAAAUGCUCAUCUUCCUCUGGAUUCAUUUCCAGGUAUUGAGAUAUUCAAAGGACAGUAUUUUCAUAGCCGUGAUUAUAAGAACCCAGAAUCGUUUAGUGGGAAAAAUGUGAUCGUUAUUGGAAUUGGUAAUUCUGGUGGAGACAUUGCAGUGGAACUUAGCAGGACUGCAUCCCAGGUGUUUCUUAGCACCAGAAAAGGAUCCUGGAUUCUGAAUCGUGUUUCAGACUAUGGUUAUCCCAUAGACAUGCUGAAUCUCACACGCUUCCUGAACACUCUCAAGAAUGCUUUACCCAUAUCAGUGUUGAACUGGAUCGGGGAGUCUACGGUUAACAGACGGUUUGAUCAUGCUAAUUACGGCUUAAAGCCUAAUCAUAGAAUAUUUAGCCAACACCCAAUGGUGAAUGAUGACCUUCCAAACCGAAUAAUUGCGGGAGCAGUAGUUGUGAAAUGCAACGUUAAACGAUUUACAGAGACAGAUGCCAUUUUUGAAGACGGUUCAGUUGAGAAAAACAUUGAUGUGGUUGUCUUUGCAACAGGAUACACAUUUGGGUUCCCAUUUUGUGAAGACCUUAAAGUCCAAAACAACAAGGUGUCCUUAUUUAAAUAUACAUUUCUACCAGAACUUGAGAAACAAACACUAGCUGUCAUUGGCUUAAUACAGCCACUCGGGGCUAUAAUGCCCAUCUCAGAACUUCAAGUCCGCCUUGCCACUAGAAUUUUUAAUGGGGAAAAGCUGCUUCCUUCUGUCAGUGCCAUGAAAGAAGAUAUCAUGAAAAAGAAAGAAGAGAUGGAAAAACGCUAUGUGGCCAGUCAGCGUCACACAAUACAAGUGGACUACAUGGAAUACAUGGAUGAACUUGCAGAGUUGUUGGGUGUAAAACCCAACUUGCGGAAUCUUUUUCUCACAGAUCCUAAGCUUGCUUGGAAUGUGUAUUUUGGCCCUUGUACUCCAUAUCAGUAUCGGCUAACUGGCCGUGGAAAGUGGCCAAAAGCCAGGGAGGCCAUCCUUACUCAAUGGGAUCGUGCUUUGAAGCCUCUGCAAACCCGGACUGUAGAUAAAGCAGGUGGCAAUUCCAUGGCCUCUUUAAUAAUCUUAGGCUUUAUAUUGCUUCUGGUUGCCAUAUUUGUCUUUUGAUUGGAAGGAAGAAGGGUGAAGCCUGGUGCUUUAAAAAUAUGGAUCCAACUGGGAUUUAAUUACCAGAGUCCAGAGUAUAAUUAUACUUUAUCCACUACAGUAUAAAAUUGUCAUACAUAUAGGAAUCAGAAGUAAUUUUGUGACAAGUGACUGACAAACAUCCAUGAAAAAGAUCAUACAACUAAUAAUAGUAAUAACUACAUCUAAACUAAAACUAAUAAGGCUACCUCUUAUUAUCAUUUUCAGUAUAGCAAACAGCAAAUAUUUCUAGGGAAUAUAUUAUAACAAUAAAUGUGAUUUCUCUCUAAAAGAGUAAUUUCUAAGCUGCUCCAAAAUUAGAAAAAUACAUACAUUUGAAAUUAAAUACAGUAGCUGUGUUAUGACCUUUAAUUUGAAAAGCUAUCGGGAGUGCAAAGAGCUGUGCCUUCUGAUACUAACUGCAGGGCAGGAGGCAGAAGUGCAAAGAUGAUGGUGGUUUUUCCUUUGUACCAUGUGCCAUGCUUGGCAAAUAAUCCCUUUUAAGUGUUUACCUUUUUAUUCUGCAAGAUCUUGUAAACAUAGACUUGCUUUUGUAUUAUGUCUGUUUCAUCCAAUUGUGUUUUUUCUAAGAGAAUCUAUUUCUAUAAUAAAUUAUCAACUGCUAACCCAUCUGGCUCUGUUCAGUGGUGAUGCACUAAUUCAAGUGGACACUAUCACAUUUUAGUCACUGAUUAUAAUCGUUCAUUAUUGUUCUAUUUCAGCAUCCAGAUAUGCUGAAAAUUAUUUAUUUUCUACUAGUCUCUUUGCUGGUGUCCUCUUUAUGUGUUCUAUCUUCAUUCUUUUUUCAUGCCUUUUAAAGUGGAUCUUGGCAAUGUCCAUUACAUUCUUCAGGCUAAAGGAGUAUAAAGAUGGCACCCACUACCUCAUAUGGGUGUGGCCACUGCCCCAAUUUAUAUGUAUGCUCUUAAUUAAUGAUGUCCGUGGAUUGGUUAAUCGGAUUGGUGCAUUUGUGUUUAAAUAUUGUGAUUUGGUAUGCUUACAUGUAGCCUCUGACUAAGUGUGUAUAAUACAAAACGCGUAAAGCUAAUGAUGACAUAAUAAAUAUAGUUUUACUGAA